GUCAGCUUCCAAAGUUAGUCAGCACUGUGGACAGAAGAAGGCUCUCUGUGAACCACCAGCAAAACUCUCUGAGGGAAAGUGGACUCAUUGUCUUUGUGCGUGUAUCCGGCUGUUUGCAGAAAUGUCAGGAAUUCGGAAGAAACUGGUGAUCGUUGGAGACGGAGCUUGUGGGAAAACGUGUCUUCUCAUAGUGUUUAGUAAGGACCAGUUUCCUGAGGUCUAUGUCCCAACAGUGUUUGAGAACUACAUUGCGGACAUCGAAAUUGAUGGAAAGCAGGUGGAGCUGGCGUUGUGGGAUACUGCAGGCCAAGAGGACUACGACCGGUUGAGGCCUCUUUCGUACCCCGACACAGACGUCAUCCUCAUGUGCUAUUCCAUUGACAGCCCAGAUAGUUUAGAGAAUAUUACUGAAAAGUGGACGUCUGAGGUGAGACACUUCUGUCCAAACGUUCCAAUCAUCCUGGUGGGGAACAAGAAGGAUCUGCGGAACGACGAAAACACACGGAAAGAACUGGCCAAGAUGAAGCAGGAGCCGGUGAAGACAGAAGAAGGAAAAGACGUGGCGAUGCGGAUCGGGGCUUUCGGCUUCUUGGAGUGCUCUGCUAAGACGAAGGAUGCUGUCCGGGACGUGUUUGAAUUGGCCACGAGAGCAGCGCUGCAGGUCAAAAAGUCCAAAACGAUGAAAGGCUGCGUGCUGCUGUGAGCCGUAUCCAGGCCCAGAAACCAUGAAGUUAGCUGACCUGUAGAAGUAAAGCAGGACGCACAGAGAGGACUGACCUUUAUUCAAACUGAUCGCUGUACUGUAUCUCACGUAUAAUUCAAAGGGGGGAAAAUAAAUCAGGCAGGCAAAGGGAGUGAAGACAAACAUACCAAGUACAAAGAAUGGACAUUACUGUAUAUUAUUGCUAUGAUUAAAAGUGACGUUAUAAGCCUUAUGUUUUGCUUUUGUUGCAGACCGUCAUUACACUAAACUUUUUUUUUUGUUUGUUUUACAUUAUUUUCUACUUCGUUAUUCUUUGCAAAACCAGGGGAGCAGCAUCCUAUGAUCUUUAUGGAGGAAGUCUUGCGUUACCAAUUCAGCUCUGUUUACAAUGGAAAUAUCCUUUAAUGGGUGGACCUGGUGCCUGUUUUAAGUUCCCACAACGCCAUUUGUACAUGUUGGGUUUCAAACGGGCUAAAAUAGGAGAGAACCGUUCGCUGUGCUGUAACAAAACCACAACUUUUAGCUCUGCUGGCAGAUCAUGACGCAAAAAAAAUGGCUACCUGCACUCCUUCACAUUCUCAGUAUUUUAGUCUAUGCACGUUAAACGUAAACGCAGCAAAUGGCUUUUGACACGAGGGAAAUGAUCUGUGAAGUGGGCUUUCCCUUCUGUGAACUAAUUCAGCCUUCUCUUAAAUAAGGAUAAUCUGCGAAGUGGAUGAAGAUGAUAGGAGGCAGAUGCUACAAUCUGACAACGAGCCACUGUGACUCGUUUGUGCACAAUAGAGGUCAGGACUAACAGGAGGACGACUUGGCUGAAAGAGAUCACACAAAGCCAUGACCUGUUUAUUUGUCCUACAUUUUUCUGCUUCUUCUCAACUGAGUCAGUCUCAAUUACUGCUGGAAUUUAACCAGCGGUCUACCAGUUGGCCCUGUUUGGCAGGCUCACGUUUUCCAGUAAGACGGCAUUCUUUACACCUCUGAGAAGAGCAGAGACGUAAUCGAAUAGUUUUAGCCCAGUGCAUCCAGUUUCCCCUCCCCAGACCAGACAGUGUGGCGUCCUGAUGCUAGCUAGCCAAAGAAGAAAAGUGUAAACUUCUUGACAUGUUUGACAAAAGCUUCUCUUUGAUUUGACGGACUUUUUUUUUUUCUUUUUUUGUAAAAGACCGCUAUGCAGUUUGGACUCAAGUAUUGAUCACAAAAACUGACGAAACGUCGAUGAAAAUACAAAAAUACUACCUUAUUCUCGUGCACCUUAAAAAAAAAUGACAAAACCUAAUUUCAAAGCAGCAGACCUUUGCCUUCAGACUCACCUUGUGAUUGCAUAUCUGUCGGUCCACAGUUGAUGUAAAAAAAAGGACACUUUCAAGUGCUUCUUUUUUGCCUGUGUUAAUUUUUUGGUCUUCUUUGCAUGAAGGAUGACUUUUUAAAGUCUCAGUCAAAAAGCUACUUUCUUAACCAAGUACACCAGGGUGGUAAGAGGUACGCCCAGUCUGUCAGUACUGUUUGCACAUCAAGCUCAAUCCCGCUGCUGGUUAAUGACCGAGCAACAGUUUCUGUGUUGAAGGUUUUAGACGACAAGCUCAACAUCAAGACAAAUGAACAGAUUGGAAAUUGUAUGUAAAGAUGCCUUCUGCUUUUUGACAGCCGUGGCUGAGUUUGAAAGCUUUAUGAGCUCUAUGCUAAGUAAUUGACAUGAAUCAGAGCUUAACACAGAAAAAAAAAAAAAAAAAAAAUUUGAAUAAAUAAAAUUCCUUCAAAGCAGCAGUUAGGUAAAUGUAUCACCGCUGCCAUACAGCCGACAUUUUGUAUGCAGGCAAUCUGAAGGAAAAUCAAACUAUUAUGAUAGAAAUAGACAGUUAUGAAAAGCCUCGGCCAUACAGGCAUAUCAAUCUCAAGCUUCUGCUCUGUUUCUUAGUUAGAGUGAGUUUUUUUUAAAUCAAAGGAUGAUCUAACUAUGGCACAGUUACAACCACAUUCGAAACUAUAUGGUCUGUUUUGUCUGACCUGAAUGAUUAAACUAUUUUUGAAACAA